AUGACUUCCAAAACUUCAGAGCCUAGCAGCUCAGACGGCGAAGUCUACGCUGUGGGCGACGAGCUUCCGCCCUCAACCGGCGAGGUGCUUGGUUCCGUCGAGCCCCAUGUGUUCUCGAAUCCUCGCCGUGCGUCGCAUUGGCAGCAGAUAUACGAGAACGCGGCCUAUGAGGGAAGGCAUCGGUUCGAUGCUUCUCUGACGUGGUCUGCCGACGAGGAAAAGAAGCUGAGGAAAAGGUUCUCGAGUCUCGAUCUUGUUCGUAGAAACAUCAACCGUGCCGUGUCUGAUAACAUGCUUGACGACCUUGGAGCGAACACGAACGAUUACAACACCGGGAACACGAUCUACCUGGUGACCUUCCUCGCCGCUGAGCUACCUGGCGGUCUGAUCAGCAAGAAAGUGUUGAUGAACAGCCGCGCCAGCUUCUGGGCUUUCCGGGCCCUCCUCGGCCUCGUCCAAGGGGGCUUCAUCCCUGAGAUGGUGCUAUACCUGUCGUAUUUCUACAAGAACAACGAAUUGCCCUUCAAGCUAAGCAUCUUUUACACAGUCAUUCCGGUCACGCAAAUAUAUGGCGCUUUGCUGGCCGCAGGCUUUCUAGAGAUGAGAGGCGUCCUUGGCUGGGCCGGAUGGCAAUGGCUCUUCCUUAUAGAAGGUCUCAUUUGCGUGGUCAUCGGCCUUGUCAGCUUCUUCGUCAUGCCCCCCUCAGUCACCGAGCCUGCUCGCGCGUUCCGGCGCCCUGACGGAACCAACAAAUGGUGGACCGAGAGGGAGGAAAAGAUCCUGGUCAACCGUAUCCUCCGCGACGAUCCAACAAAAGGCGACAUGAACAAUCGUACCGCCGUUACGUUCAAGGGGCUUUGGGGCGCGCUCACAAACUAUGACCUGUGGCCCAUCUUCAUUGUUGGCAUCUUUGCGUGGAUACCGUUCCAGCCGACGGCGAACUAUCUUUCGUUGAUAUUGCGAGAGAUGGGGUACUCGGUUUUUGAGUCGAAUAUGUUGACGAUUCCGAGCUACGUUAUUUUCGCCAUCAAUGUUGUCGGACUUGGAUGGUUGUCUGAGCGGUUCAAUGAGCGAUCGAUAAUCGGAUCUCUGAGCAACGUCUGGAUGCUCCCUUUCUUCAUCGCUCUCGUCUCAAUCCCGGAAACAUCGAGUCCGUGGGUCCGAUAUGUCCUCAUUACCGGCAUCAACUCCAUCCCCUAUGCCCACUCGAUCUUGGUGGGAAUGACGAGUCGGAACGCUCGCAGCGUCGGUACUCGAGCAGUUUCGACUGCGGUGUACAACAUGACUUACCAGAUCGGAAGCAUCAUUGCCGCGAACAUCUAUCGCGACGAGGACCGACCGCAUUAUUACACUGCCAAUAGAGCUUUGAUAGGUCUUUGUGUGGCCAAUAUUCUGCUUUUCAUUGGGAUGAAAUUCUACUACAUCUGGAGAAACCGCGUAUUGGCGAGGAGGUAUGCAGAGGCGUCGGAGGCGGAGAAGCAGACGGCCAUUGAUAUGAGGUUUGCUCAUUGA